AAGUGACAAAGGGACGGAUUUAUGGGCGUACUAGGUAGUACAACGAUUUUAUUGCGGAGUCGAUGCAAGCUGCUGUUGUGCGAGAUAGAAAUUAGUUUUUAUUAGUACCCCACUCAAGUCCUGAUAUUUCAUUGUGAUUUGUCUGCGUCCAACAUUUUUUGAUUGUGCUGCCUUACGAGGCAAAAGCAACUUCAACAAUGGAUGAGUCACUAGCGCAUGUGCAGAAAGACCUCGACGAAAAGAAGGAGGACGCCGAGGCAGUGAAGCCAAAGAAGCAGAAGAACCGGCGAGAGAAGCCGUGGGAUACACUGUCGAGCGAGGACAAGUGGAAAUUCGACAAAUUUACGGAGGCUGACAACCCCAGCGGCCUCCUCGAGGAGAGCUCUUUCGCGACUCUCUUCCCCCAGUACCGCGAGCAGUACUUGAAGCAGGUGUGGCCGGACGUGAAGGCCGCUUGCGAGGAGCAUGGCGUUCGUGCCGAACUAGACUUAGUGGAGGGUUCGAUGAGUGUGCGCACUACGAAGAAAACUUUUGACCCCUUUAUUAUCAUCAAAGCGCGGGACCUGAUAAAGCUGCUGGCUCGCUCUGUACCGUUUCCACAAGCGGUCAAAAUCUUGGAGGAUGAGACACACUGCGACGUGAUGAAAAUCAAAUCCUUUGUGCGGUCAAAAGAGAAAUUCGUCAAGCGAAGACAGAGACUUGUAGGGCCGAACGGGAGUACACUGCGCGCACUCGAAUUGCUGACCGAAUGCUAUCUGCUCGUGCAAGGUAUACGCAGUAGACUUUCUGACGUUCUUGAAAAAAUACUUAUGAAUUUCGUUAAGCGACUCAUAUCCUCUUCACUACUACAAGCUAAGAAUCAGUUGUGGAUUAUUGCGGCCUCUGCAUCUUCGCAGCUCGUUCUCAACUCGAAGUCAAAAAAGCCGCUACAUAGUUUUUUCCGUGCUUAUUGUCGGUAAAAAUUUAGGUAUAUGCUGACAACGUGUCCAUAGCGCAUUGAGUAUCCUGAUUAUGUUCUUAGUAUGUACAGCGACAACUUCCUUCCCACAAUGAGUAGCGCCACUGUAGAAACAACGGACCAGCACCCUCACAGCUUCAACAUCAGACAAAUCCGUAGAACUCAGAAGAGGCUCAGGGAAGUCGUAGGUCCAACCCGAACCGACUAGCGUCAUCAUUAUGCUCAUACGACAACAGGUCAAACGUGCUGCAUAAUGGGCUCGCCGAAGAAGAUAAAGUUGGUGAGGAGAAUAGUCGAGGACUGUUUCCGAAAUAUUCACCCGGUCUACCAUGUGAAAGAGCUUAUGAUAAAGCAAGAGCUUGAGAAAGACCCGGAGCUCAAAGACCAAGAUUGGUCUCGCUUUUUGCCCAAGUUCAAGAAGCGAAACGUACUAAAUUAUUACAAUUAAUACUUGCUUUUGAUUUUGUUUGGUGUGGGACGAUGUUGACAACUUCCAUCACAAAAUGAAAAUGCACAACAUCCAUGUUGUAUGCAACAAGCAUUUAUUUGAUCCAUUCUAGAAUGUCGUUCUAGAUUUUCGAAUGCGGAUGAUGUAUUUGAUGAAAUUUUUUGACUACGUACAGGUUCAAACGAAGAAGUUGAAGAAGAAGGAGAAAAAGAAGAAGACGUUGUUUCCGCCUGA